GCUCCCGGGGCCGCGCUCCCGGGGCUGCCAGGCCGGGCUGUGCCCCCCGUGCCCCCCGUGCCCCGUGGAGGUCCCGGGGGGCUGGGUCUCUGCAGGCGCUGCCUGUCCCGGAGGAGAGCGGGGACUGAGGGAGCGGCAGCGGCAGUGAGCUCUCCCCAGGGAGUGGUCACAGCCCCGAGGCUGCCGGAGCGCCGGGAGCGUUUGGACACCGCCCUCAGGCACUGGGUGGGAGUGUUGGGUGUCUGUGCAGGAGCUGGACCGGGUGGUCCCUGUGGGGCCCUCCAGCUCAGGACAUUUUGUGGUUCUUUGUUUAGAACCCCUUUCGCCUGCUCUCAGCAUCCUCAGCAGGAUCCAUAGGGAUGGGGAACACGAGCAGCGAGCGAGCGGGGCUGGAGCGCCACGGGCACAAAGCCUCCCGAGGGGACGGCUCAGGAGGAGCCAUCAGUACCAAGGAGGGGGACAGACCCAAAAUCCUCAUGGACAGUCCUGAAGAUGCAGACUUGUUCCACUCAGAGGAAAUGAAGGCUCCGUUGGAGAAAGAGGAAUUCCUAGCUUGGCAGCAAGACCUGGAAGUGAAUGACAAAACCCCCACUCAAGCUCGGCCAACGGUCUUCCGCUGGACUGGAGGAGGGAAAGAAGUUUAUUUAUCAGGGUCCUUCAACAACUGGAGUAAAAUUCCUCUGACAAGGAGUCACAAUAACUUCGUGGCAAUCCUGGACCUGCCAGAAGGAGAGCACCAGUACAAGUUCCUGGUGGAUGGACAGUGGACACACGAUCCUGCAGAGCCAGUAGUAACCAGCCAGCUGGGUACUGUCAACAACAUCAUCCAGGUGAAGAAAACUGACUUUGAAGUGUUCGACGCUUUGAUGGUGGACUCCCAAAAAUGUUCAGACAUGUCUGAGCUGUCCAGUUCACCCCCAGGACCGUACCACCAGGAGCCCUAUGUCUGUAAGGCAGAGGAGCGCUUUAAAUCUCCACCCAUUCUCCCCCCACACCUGUUGCAGGUCAUCCUGAACAAGGACACAGGGAUUUCUUGCGACCCCGCUCUGCUCCCUGAGCCCAACCACGUCAUGCUGAACCACCUGUAUGCACUUUCCAUCAAGGAUGGAGUGAUGGUGCUCAGUGCUACGCACCGUUACAAGAAGAAAUACGUGACCACUUUGCUGUACAAGCCAAUAUGAGCAUCACAGUCAUUUGUGACCAAUUGUUCUGGGCCAGUGCAGUCUCAGAAAAAAAUGCUUCACUUAACCAAAUGUACUUCUGCUCUGUGCUGUAGCAAACAAACUCUGAUUUCAUAUUUUUCCUGAGACUUCCAGGUUCUCCUGUAUUUGCCUUAUUUUGUUAGCACCACCUCGGAAGUUCUUGGAAAUGGCAGCUUCACAGCAACCAGACAGGUGGCAAAGGUGUCAGUGCCCCUUGUCAGUUAGUUAAAAAACCACCAAUUUAAUUAGGCUGAAUAAUGUCAGAACAGCAACAGAUCAAAGAGCUUUAGCAGCGAGGCAGACUGGGAGUCUGCCAGCCCAAAGUCUAGAAAGUUCAGGAUUCUUGGGGAAUCUGAUUUGAGCAUAACACUCAGCAAAAGCAAGCUCAUUACUGCUUCCGUUGCUCAUCAAACACUAUUUCAGUAGCAAGUUCCAAACUUGUCUGGCUGAAGUAAGUGUGAAUAUUGAUGAUCAUUUUGUAGCAGCCUUUUCUGGGCAAAAUCAGCAACAUAAUCAUCACUACAAGCUCAUUAUUAUUUUACGGUAGAGUGGGGUGCACUGUUUCUACUGUGAAUAGCUCUGUAGUUUUUUCUCUUCAUGAGAACUGAAAUACAUCUUUUCCCCUGUGGAAUUUCUGGUAAUGACAAUUGUUUUUAAUGGCUGGAUUUUUCUGUAAAUCGUAAAUGUGUCUUGCAGUAAUCUGCUUUUGGAAAACUGGUUUCUCUUGCUGUCACUGAGGAGGACUUCCUUAAGCUGAGAGAGGAAGGAGAUGGAUGGAUGCAGUUUAGGGCUGAGUUCCUCAGUAACAGCCUGAGGGUGACUGUAAGUCUCCUGUGUCCAGUGGCCAAACUUACCCCUCAGUGUCAGCCCUUGCCGAGUGCUGGAUGCAUCAGCACUGCAGCCCUCUGUGCCCAGGGCUGGAGCAGGGCAACUUUUUAUUCUGUUUCUGUUUUCUAAGUGAUUCUAGUAAUGCCAGGCUGCCCGUCCUUGGUGUUGACAGCCUGUUUUAUCCCAAAACAAAUGCAACAUUAAUGCAAACCUGCUGCCAGUGUGCCCCGGGCCUGCCCGGGAGGAGCCAGCGCGGGAGGGGCCCUUCCCUGGCUUGUUUUGGUGCCUGAGGCACCGUGACCGUGCCAAUGAUAACCAGCCCCUCCCACUGGGGGGGAAAGCACUUUGCACAAGUCUCUGAGGUCUCUGUGGGGACAGAGCUGCAGCAGCCAGCGUGGAGUGGAGCGAGCCACAGUGGGAGGGUGCCUUGCCAUCCUGGGGUCUGUUCACCAGCCUUGUUGCAAUAUCUUCAGUAGCUGAGUAGAUCUGGGUCUAGUGCAAUGGUUUUCUCUGAAAACUCUUUCUUCAUUCUGUGCUAUGGAUAGUAUUUGGUAUUCUGAACUACAGAAUUGCUUGUUUUCAGCCUCUUUAGAAAAAAAUAAAACAUUUUUAAGAGAA